ACGGCAAAUGCCUCAAUGGCAAUUAUUCUGGACCAGGAAUACCUGGAUGCGAGGUAUGAUGCCGUCUUUACGGAAGUACAGAAUAUCAUUGAGCGAGUCCUGCGGGAGGAUUUGAAGAAUGGUGGACUGUACGUGACAUACUACUCCUGGACAUCUAUUAACUUGAAGAAAGACUACAUGGCUGUCCUAAUGAUAUCCAAUUGCGAUAAUACGUGGAAAGUCUUUAGCGAAGCGAGGCAAGAGACUCUUCUUCUUAUUGCCAUGACUGACCCAGAUUGCCCAAGACUACCGCCCACUGAAGCAAUAAUGGUUCCAUUGACCAGUCAUGGGGAGGAGCUCCCACAAGUUCUGCUGGACCUUAAAUCAUCCCAAGCUUUGCGUUGGAAAUCAACUAUUGUCCUGCACGAUGACACCUUUGCUCGUGACAUGAUUAGCCGUGUAGCCAUAGCUGUGACAACGGAAUCUCCUGAUGGCUAUGUAAAGCCCAUGUCAGUGUCAUUAUUUAAGAUUCGUGCACACAUUCAGGAAUGGGAACGAAGAAAAUCCAUUAGACGCACCUUACUCAGCCUUCCAACGAAUUACAUUGGGAGGAAUUUCUUGGUGAUUGUGACUACAACCAUCAUGGAGAAUAUAAUGGAAGUAGCCAAGGAUCUGGGAAUGGUGGAGCCAUUUAGUCAGUGGAUGUACAUAAUAUCCGAUACAAAUGCUCAAAAGCAGAACAUCUCCUCAGUCCUCCCACUCAUUGGGGAAGGUGAAAAUGUUGCCUUUGCAUACAAUGUUACUGGAUUGGAUUCUAACUGCAAAGCUGGAAUUCUGUGUCAUUCAGCUGAGCUUCUCAGAAGCUUCGUGCUGGCACUCUCGAAGAUGAUUCGUGAGGAAAAGGCUGUGUAUGGGCAGAUUUCGGAUGAGGAGUGGGAAACAAUCCGAUUGACAAAGAAGGAAAGGCGUGAUUCCCUCUUGGCAUACAUGGUGAAUCACCUGAAAACAACAUCAGUCUGUUCCAACUGUACAGCAUGGAAGAUUCAAGCAGCUGAAUAUUGGGGAACAGAAUAUCAGACGAAUGUCGACAAUAAAGUUCCGCAAAUGAGAAUUACCCCAAGAGAUUUCUUAUCUUAUAUAUCCAAGAUUACGAAAUUCCUCGAUGUCGGCACAUGGAAGCCAAACGAUGGUGUACAACUGAAUGAUGUCCUCUUUCCGCACGUCUUUCAUGGCUUCCGUGGGAAGAAUCUUCACAUUGUGACAUAUCACAAUCCUCCGUGGCAGAUUAUUGGGUACAACGAAUCCGGGAUUCCAGGUACAAUGCGUGGGCUCGUGAUUGAUAUUCUCAAUGAGAUGUCCAAAAAGCUAAACUUCACCUACACCAUGCACGUUAUCUCAGUGACGGUAGCCCGUGCAAACGACACCGAGGAAUUGAGUCAGAUACCCACAACGUCGAUCCCAAUGGAAAUUCUCAAUCUCGUGAGUCAGGAUAAGGUGUUCUUUGCAGCAGUUGGGGCUACUGUUAAUGAGAAGUACAAGAGGUUUCUCAACUACACCAUUCCUAUUAGCAUUCAGCCGUACAACUUUAUUGUAUCGCGACCGAGAGAGCUCAGUCGGUUGUAUCUCUUUAUGGCUCCAUUCACAGCAGAGACUUGGGUAUGUUUGGCUGCAUGCUUGGUCCUUAUGGGUCCUUUCUUGUAUAUCAUCAAUCGCUUUAGUCCUUUCUAUGAGCAACAAGGCUAUGAUAUUACAAGGCUUGGUCUUAAUCGCAUUAACAACUGCUUCUGGUACAUCUAUGGAGCACUAUUGCAACAAGGUGGAAUGUACCUUCCUCAGGCCGAUAGUGGUAGAAUAAUUAUUGGAACAUGGUGGCUAGUUGUGAUAGUUCUCGUUACAACUUACUGCGGUAAUCUUGUUGCCUUCCUCACAUUCCCAAAGAUUGAGAUUCCAAUAACGACAGUGAGUCAGCUCGUUGGAAAAGCCGGUGCGGUGUCUUGGAGUACAAAAUCAGGGAGUUUUCUCGAGGAAUUUCUCGCGGAAACUGACGAGCCCAAGUACAAACGUCUCCUGGAUGGCAUGACAUUCAAUACGGAGACUUCAGCAGAGACAAUCGAAAGUGUACGUCGUGGGAGGCAUGUCUACAUUGACUGGAAGAGCAAUUUGCAGUAUAUUAUGAAGAAGGAAUUCCUCAUAAAUGAUCGAUGUGAUUUCGCCCUUGGCAUUGAAGACUUCCUAGAUGAGCAAAUUGCUAUUAUAAUGCCCCUAGACAGUGCAUACCUCAAUCUAAUAAACACCGAAAUCAAUCGCCUUCAUCAAAUGGGCUUCAUUCAGCGCUGGCUCAAAGAAUAUCUGCCCAAGAAGGAUCGCUGUUGGAACGUUGGCAAAGCCAUUGAAGUAAAUAAUCACACGGUUAACCUGGAUGAUAUGCAAGGAUCCUUUCUUGUUCUCUUCAUUGGAUGUGUUCUGGGACUCUGUGUUAUCGUCCUGGAAUGCAUGUGGUUCAAGAGGCGCACACUCAAGGAGCAGAUCAUUAUUAAACCAUUUGUAAAGUAA